AUGAACCUAUUUACCAUAUUUGUACCCUCUCCAUCAAGUCUCUGGACAACCAUACGUCCGGGUGGCGCAUUUAACAUUGCUUGUUCAUUUGCUGCAUUAUGGGCCCUUAUCAAAGUGUCAAGGAUGCUUCGCUGGCGGGUGAAGACGACUCAACUGUUGGGUCCGACUCGUACCAGCCUCGUAUAUGGCGUCUCGCGCGACCUCAUCUCAUCUCACGAUAGAGCUGCAAUCUAUGAACGUUGGGCGACGGAAUAUGGGGUAGUGUAUAUGAUUCCAAGCGUGCUCGGGCAGACUAAUGUCGUGCUGUGUGAUCCGAAAGCUAUCGCACAUUUCUACGCUCGAGAGACUUGGACGUAUGUGAAGACACCCCUUACGUUGGCGUUUCUGGAGUCAUCAACCGGUAAAGGAUUACUAUGGUCUCAGGGAGAAACCCACAGGAGGCAGCGGAAGGCCCUCACGCCAGCGUUCAGUAAUGCGGCGAUUCGGAAGCUCACAUCAGUGUUCUAUGACUCAGCAUACAAGGCCAAAGGACAAUGGGAUAAUGUUAUAGAAUCGAGCAAAGAUGACGAGGUGGUCAUCGAGGUCCAGAACUGGAUGAAUCAUAUAUCUUUGGACACGGUUGGCAUUGCUGGUUUCUCCCAUGAUUUUGGUUCGCUCGAUGGAAAGCGCGUCAGCGUGGCCGAAGCGUUUGAUACCCUCGGAAACAACCCACCUUCAGCAGUGGGCAGAGCUGUUUUCCUGCUUGCAUCAGUAUUUCCUAUCAUUCUCAAGAUCCCCAACAAGCGGCAGAAUCUGUUCAAGAAACUUGGCAUAACCAUGGAAAAAAUAUCUAACGAGUUAUUGAUUCGCAGCCGCCGGGAGAAGGACGCGAAUAUGAGUCAGGGAGGCGAGGAGAAUUCCCUCAUCGGAUUGUUGAUUAAAUCUGAAGAUCAGGAUGCCGAGCUUCAUAUGUCGGCGGAGGAAGUAGUGGCUCAGAUGAAGGUCUUGCUUCUCGCGGGUUAUGAGACGACGUCCAUCAGUCUUACGUGGGUGCUGAUCGAGCUAUCACGACACUCCGAUGUUCAAACCACGCUCAGAGAGGAACUGCUUGCCUUUGGCCCUGAUCCGACAUAUGACCAAUUAAAGGCCAACCUCCCGUACCUGGAUGCGGUUGUCCAUGAAACCCUACGACUUCAUCCUCCAGUGCCAGAAUCCACUCGUCUUGCAGCAGCAGAUGACAUCAUUCCCUUGAGCGAACCUGUGCGCACGGUGUCUGGCAACAUGACGGAUAGUAUAUCUAUAGCGAAAGGGACAUUGAUCACGAUAUCAAUGGAGGCAAUCAAUCGGUCUUCGACUAUCUGGGGCCCUCACGCAAAGGAAUUCAAGCCUGACCGUUGGUUGACUGAAGACGGGAUCGGUGGGAAGGCCAAGGAAGUCCAAGGUCAUAGGCAUCUGCUGACAUUUGUUGAUGGCCCUAGGACGUGUCUUGGAAAAGAUUUUGCGGUCAUAGAAUUUAAGACGGUUUUAUCGGUUCUGGUGAAGAACUUCGUGUUUGAGAUGCGGGAUGGACCAGAUACCCCAGUCGAAAUUGUGUGGGGAGUUUUACCCCGUCCACGGGUUGUUGGAGAGGAUGGUACUGGAGUGCCUUUGAGAGUUCGUCGGUAUGAGUGAUCAGUUGCGUUGUACUAGUAAGUUUACUCUGUUUUUCGUCACUUAUCCCCUACUGGAACCGUCGUAUUGAAAUCAUAAAGAGGAAUGUAAUGUGUGCAACGCCUAGCUCUGGAUAUGCGAUGAAUUUCAAGGCUGGUGACAUGAAAUAUUAAUUUGAUCACUUUGCUUGUACCCAUACCUAGACACCUGCCACUCGGGCUGUAACACAGGAAUUUUGUACUGAAUACUUGGAAUACGAAGUAUUACCUUCC